CUCUCGAGGUGUCUCGCGCGAUGUAUAAGGGGUUUCCGUAUAGUUCAAAAUCAGCAUUGCAUAAUCACCAGCCGUGACGCUGCGUCUUCUACCGCUCUAGUUUACCUGAGAGCGAUCUUGCGCAUGGUCGUGUUUUCGAAGUCACCAGCGAUUUUUUUUAAAACUGGACGUUUACAUAAUUUAUUCAUCUCUGUGACAAAAAAUACAUCGUAAACAUACAACUACAUAAUACAGGGAUACGAAGUGUAUUGGUGACAGAAUCUAACAUGUGAAUUGUAUGUGACACUAUAUGAUUUUAAAUGUUUUACACCGGAAAACUAUUUCAAGAGGAGAGCGUAUACCUUUCGACAGAACGCAUUAUAAAGGAUUUAUUAGUCUCUGAUUCAGGAUAUAAUUAGAAGUGAUUGUGAUUGGUAACGGUUUUCGAUUUGGGAUGUAAUAACAAUUACCAGCUAUAUAUAAUAUUUGGAUAAAUAUAUAUUCCAACACAUGUUUUUCUGAUGGCAGUGAAAUCUGAACAGAUGGCUAAACCACGACUGAUAACUCUUGCUUUAUUUGUGCUUUGCUUUGGAUUAAUUAAUGGAAAUGUUUGUGGGACGAAUGGGCCGCUGGGUAUGAUAUCAGGUUCGAUACUGGACUGGCAAAUUACUGCGUCGUCUACAUACCCACUGGAAUGGGACAAAAAGUGUGCGGAGAAGUACGCACGCGUCUAUCUACCAAAUAAAUACGGAUGGUGCGCAAAAUACAAGUCUUCAUCUGAAUGGCUGAAAGUCGAUCUUGGAGUGGCAGCAAGGGUAACUGGUGUGAUGACACAGGGUCGUGGUGACGGAAAAGAAUGGGUGACGUCAUUUAAGGUGUCCUACAGUAUGGAUGAUUACAAUGAACUCUACGUGACAGACCAAUAUGGCAACCACAGGGUAUUUGAAGGCAAUACGGACGCAUACUCCGUGAAGCACACGUAUCUAGACCGACCAAUCAUCGCUCGUUACAUCAAGUUCCACACGGUCCACUGGCACAGACAUCCCAGCAUGCGCGUCGAAAUUUUAGGAUAUCAAUUAUGCAAAGAAAACAUCGGCCUUCCUCCAUAUGGUCGUAUUACGACAUCGUCUAACGGGAAGAAUAAGAGGAAGGAUUCUUGUCAACCGGAAGAUGGCAACAUUCUUAGCAAAAAGGGCUGGUGUGCAAAGAGAAACAAUGUUAAUCAAUGGUUACAAAUUGACGUGGGACCACCAACUCUAAUCACUGGUGUCUUGACAAAGGGGCGAGGGGAUAGCAAGAAGAAACACUGGGUGAAGAGGUUUAAGAUAUCCUACAGCAACGACACCCAGAGGUGGUAUGAGUACAAAGACGCCCACAGUGCUGACCCCAGGCCUCAGAAUCCAUGGUUAUGGAAUCCACUGUUCAAUAGAACCAUUGCGCAAUUAAUACCUGACAUUUAUACAGACGACGGCCUGCUUUUCGGAGGCAAUAGUGACAAAGAUAAUGUCCGAAUUCACUACAUCAACUCGCCCUUCGUGGCGCGGUUCGUUCGAUUCCACCCUCUGGAGUGGAACGGCAAGAUCAGCAUGCGAGCCGGUCUCCUAGGAUGUCCACAUACAGCUGGAAAUUGUGGAGAAUCAUUCAUGCGUGUUAACGACGACACUCCGUGUGUUGAAAACUUGGCGUACAAGAAACAAGCUUGGAUUAAUGGCAAAAAUCCUAAAAAGCGACACAUUACACAGAAAAUAGUGAGGGGGCAUCCUGACAGAGCAGUGGACGGAAAAAUUGAUUUCGAUCUCCACUCCUGUACAAUACUGGACAACCUGUACGGUGACACACCCGUGUGGACAGUUGACCUUGGCUCCAAAACGUCGGUUUCUGGUGUGAUAAUUUAUACCUGGCAAGGGUCAGGAGAGCAGAAGGUCAAAGAGGGUUCUGCGAUGAAGGAUUAUUUGAACAAUUUGGACAGAUUAGUGAUGUAUGUAGACAAUAAAUCAAAGGCAGAAGAUGCAUCCAGCUUGUCAGGAAAUAUGUGUGGCUAUGUUUCCAAAAUAAAUGGUGCUUUAUAUUCACAUAAAAUCCAUGUACAAUGUGUGAGACCACAAAAAGGCCGGUAUGUUCGGGUGGAGGCAUGGGGCAGCCAUAACAGCUGGAGCAGACUAUUUAGCGCCGUUUUGUGUGAAGUUCUUGUGUAUGCGUGAUAUUUAUGUAUAUGGUCGUGCUACUUUAACAUAUUUAUCGUAUUCCUCAUAUCUGGAAUAGGAGGAAACAAAAUAAAACGGGUACAAGUGCCAGGCAGUGUUAACUUUUUCGCCACAUUUUCGUAUUUUAUACAAAGUGCAAGAAGAUGCAUGGAUUGUGUGAUGUUUUGUACAUCUGCCGUGGAUGCUUGAUUCACACGCCACACCGGAUAUGAUAUCCACUAGAAUUCUACAACGACAAAUCAUUGACAAGAACUGUUUGCUGUGAUGUGUUUUCAAUCGUUGAAGAUGACGACUUCAAUGAUUUGUCGUGAAAUCCCUAAAUAUAUGUUACACAAGAGACAAGUGCACAACAUGUGACGAUUAUACGUCAUGCAAUGAACAAUCGAACACUCAUUGUGGUGAAAAUUGAAAGCUAGACUUUCUAAAAAAAAAAAUCACGUGCUGCCACGUGAUGACAGAAAGCGCAAUGUGAUAUUCGUUUUCUGUUAGACGUUUGAGACUUUCUUUCGAGAAUGGCCAGUCAUGACGUAUUAUUAGUUUACGCAAGAAUCGGGCUGGACUUUAGAACUCCGAUUCUGAUAGCCCUAUUUCUGUGUUGUGUUUGUGUCUUAUUGUUCCAAACUACAAACGUAUACAUGGAACGUCAGCAUUCUGUUGCAUAUAUUUCAUAUAUCUAUACAUGUUUAAACAGUUAAUGAAAUGAUGGAACUAUUGCACAGACAAGAGUAUAUAAAGUAUAACUUUGUAAACUUUAACAUGUACCAGUAACAACAUUUUGUAAACAAUAUAUAUGUGAUGUUUGUGAGGUCUUCAUUUUGAAGUAUUUAUCAUUUUAUCAGAACCCAUUGAGCAUAUUUCAGGCAUUAGUUAUUAAUCUUUGGAAAAAUAGUGGUAUGAAAUUAUGACAUAUAUCAAUAAAUAUCAAAUGUGUUGUCAAGAUGCAUGUAUCAUAAAAUUAUCUACAUGUAUCAUACCAAGAAAAAUUCUUCAUAAAACUGACAUUGAGAGUUAUUUAAAAAGACAUUCUUUCAUUGUCCUUCAGGGUAUUGUGGCAUAAUAUUCGCACAGAACUAAAACGUAUCAAGGUAAAGUAAACCUGAUUCAAUCACAUAAAACAAAUCUGCCUUUUGAUUACGAAACAGUGGCUACUAGACAUGUUGAAAUAGGUGUGUAGUGCAGUGUGGCUUUCAAACGAUAAGGUAUUAUUUAAACCCUUAAUAUUUUGGACCUGAAAUUUCUCAAACGCUUCCAACUAUAGCUAGUUUCCACAGUUUCGUAUUCCCUUUGUUAUUUUCGUAUUCCCAUUCGUAUGUUCGCUCUUUUAUAUUAAGCAAAAUAUAUGCAGUUUUUCCUUAUACAUACAACUGCACUAAGGGUGAAAUUCAAACAGUAUUUCAUGUAUAAAAAAAAAAAAGAAAAGAAAAGAAAAAAAGAUAUGCUACUGCCAACAAACACCAUGUGUGGUUUCUUUACUAUAUUGUAUAAAAGUUGUUUUUAAUACAAUGAUAUUAGUAAUGAUGCAUUUGUGUACAAGAUAUGUACAGACUGUGUACAAACUAAUUAAAUAUCAGACUGAUUGAAUGUAUGCAUGAGUGAAUGUAUUUAUAUGAAUCCAAAGAAACUCUAUUUAUAGUACAUUUUUGGGAUGUGAAUUAUAACUAGCAAAAUAAGAUAUUGUCAGUAUAACUAAAUUCAAGCUUUUGUAUAACUUGGAGUACGUAAUCUCUUGAACAUCACUAGAAAUACUGCAUUUACAUACUAUAGUAUAUGUAUCUGUUCAAUGACGAAAUCUUCAAUCUAUAAUUAUAGAACUUUGCUAAGAAUUCUCUUUCGUUUCUACAUUGUUGAUCGAUGUUUAAAAAACCCCAUAUAGUUAUGAUUCUGCAUAAAUCGUAGUUCUUCAUUCUGUUAUUAUUUUUGUUAUGACUAAAUAAAAUGUUAAUAAAUUAUAAAAAACAAUGUU